CGGGGGAGGGGAGGGGGAGGAGAAGCGACGCAAGUGGGUAGCUUUUCAGCGCCAGCCAGGCGCGGGAGGAGGAGAAGCAGUGGGGAGGCGCAGCCGCUCACCUGCGGGGCAGGGUGCGGAGGAGGGACCCGGGUUGAGCACUCUCGGUCCGAGGAGCCUGGACGCACCCGGAGCCUCGAACGCGGCCAAGCUCAGGGCACCCCCCCCUUCGGCCAGGCGAACCCGAAGGUGCAGCUCUUUGCUUUGACAGAGCGGCCCGGCGGAGGCGUGGAGAGCGGCGAGCGAGAGCGCCAGACUGAGAAACUCGAGCCGGGAACAAAGAGGGGUCGGGCUGUGUGUGUGUGUGUCGGCUCGAGCUCCACGCAGAAGCAUAUGGGUCCGAGGCCCCUGCUGUGACUCCCCGAGACCCCGCCGUACCCUCCACUGCCGACUCCCAGCGCUCGCCCGCACAAACUUUAUUCUUGGCAAACUUCUUCUCUUUCUCUUCCCUCCUCCUCCCCCUCCACCACCUCCUCCUCCUCCUCCUCCUCCUCCUUCCUCCUCCUCCUCCAGUAGAUUAAAUGCGCCUGGAGAAGGAAAACCGAAGCGAAAGGGAAGGAAAUAAGAAGCUCUAAAACGGACAUCUCCGACCCGGGUGGCUCUUUAAUUUUUUUUAUCCUCCAGGAAGUGGACUUUUCGUUAUCUUCUGAUUCUCCUUGUACCUUCUCUGCUGAGGCAAACGGAGUCUUUUUGCCCAGCUUGCCUCCUUUCUCGGAAGACAAACUCCCAAAUUGGCAACCGGGGAAGCUAGGGUGGAGAGGUUUGCGUAGAGACGCGCCGACGGACCCUCCUCUGCACUUGGGAGAGUCGUGCUUCCACCGGAACCGGCGUCCUCCGCGCGCAGACCCUGGAGACGCUGGGGGCGUGGGGUGGCCCCCGGGGCAUCCUAGCCUAGCACGCGCCACGCAGCGCAGACGCCCCCAGAGGCGCCGGCUGUAGCGGCCUUAAGCAGCCCCGUGCCCUUCGGCCUCGAGGGCGGGCGCAGGCGCCGGUCUCCGCGGAGCGGGAAGGCGCGGGCGGCCGCCGGGGCUCGGGCACCGCCGCAGCUGCUCCGGCCGCGGGCUGCCGGCCCCAUUUCCGCCCGCUCUUCGCCCUCACGCAUCCUUCCAGAUCUCCUUUUUCUCCUUCCUCUUUCGUUGAUCCCCUGUCUUUCCUGCUGUCGCCUCGGGUGCUCCUCCAGCGGAGCGGAGAUUACCGAGUGGUCGGGAUGCCCCAACUCUCCGGGGCCGGCGGCGGCGGCGGCGGGGGAGACCCGGAACUCUGCGCCACCGACGAGAUGAUCCCCUUCAAGGAUGAGGGCGAUCCUCAGAAGGAGAAAAUCUUCGCCGAGAUCAGUCACCCCGAAGAGGAAGGCGACUUAGCCGACAUCAAGUCCUCCUUGGUUAAUGAGUCUGAAAUCAUCCCGGCCAGCAACGGACACGAGGUGGCCAGACAAGCACAAACCUCUCAGGAGUCCUACCACGACAAGGCCAGAGAACACCCUGAUGACGGAAAGCAUCCAGAUGGAGGCCUCUACAACAAGGGACCCUCCUACUCAAGUUAUUCCGGGUACAUAAUGAUGCCAAAUAUGAAUAAUGACCCAUACAUGUCAAAUGGAUCUCUUUCUCCACCCAUCCCAAGAACAUCAAAUAAGGUGCCUGUGGUGCAGCCAUCACAUGCGGUCCAUCCUCUUACCCCCCUUAUCACGUACAGCGACGAGCACUUUUCUCCAGGAUCACACCCCUCACACCUCCCUUCAGAUGUCAACUCCAAACAAGGCAUGUCCAGACAUCCUCCAGCUCCUGAGAUCCCUACCUUUUAUCCUCUGUCUCCAGGUGGUGUUGGACAGAUUACCCCACCUCUUGGCUGGCAAGGUCAGCCUGUAUAUCCCAUCACGGGAGGAUUCAGGCAACCCUACCCAUCCUCACUGUCAGUCGACACUUCCAUGUCCAGGUUUUCCCAUCAUAUGAUUCCUGGUCCUCCUGGUCCCCACACAACUGGCAUCCCUCAUCCAGCUAUCGUAACGCCUCAGGUCAAACAGGAACAUCCCCACACUGACAGUGACCUAAUGCACGUGAAGCCUCAGCAUGAACAGAGAAAGGAACAGGAGCCAAAAAGACCUCACAUUAAGAAGCCUCUGAACGCUUUUAUGUUAUACAUGAAAGAAAUGAGAGCGAAUGUUGUAGCUGAGUGUACUCUAAAAGAAAGUGCAGCUAUCAACCAGAUUCUGGGCAGAAGGUGGCAUGCCCUUUCCCGUGAAGAGCAGGCUAAAUAUUAUGAAUUAGCACGGAAGGAAAGACAGCUACAUAUGCAGCUCUAUCCAGGCUGGUCUGCAAGAGACAAUUAUGGUAAGAAAAAGAAGAGGAAGAGAGAGAAACUCCAGGAGUCGACAUCAGGUACAGGUCCCAGAAUGACAGCUGCCUACAUCUGAAACAUGGUUUGUAGUCCCCGUUCUGGGAGUGGUUCCACAGAACUUACUAAAGCACCUGUACGGUCUUGGAAAUGACAUGUAGACAGUGUGGCUAUUUUUCAGUUCCUGUGUAGAUCAUCUCCGGCCUCCCCUUCUCCACCCAGCGUGACCGCCUCUGGUUAGGGAAUCUGGUUCUCCACUGGUGUGAGCCCCUUGUUGGCCACACUGCAUCCACACUAGUGCUGGCUUCACCUUAGAAACAAGCCAGUGACAGAUAAACUGUUUGAUUAGAGCUGAUCCUGCCAACGACGGGGCGUGAAAUCUCGGGCAACUGGUUUCAGUUUGGAGGGAAGUUGCUGAGUAUUAGCUAAAUCCCUCCUGAUCUCCUCUCCAGUGAGGUGGAGCUAAUGGAACCCAGCACCCAGGAGGGGAAGAUACCGUGACUCCAAUGUGAAGAUGUAUUUUGAGAGGGUUUAUUUCUCUUAGGUACACAGUGGAACUUAACCCUCUCUUGGCCUCCUAAAAGAAAAGUCCUGUUAAAUUAGAUCUUUGAGCUCAGAUGACCAUGCAUGGAGCACAAAGGCGAGAGAACUCUCUUGCCUCUGAACUAGCAUAGGACGACGAACUGUAGGGAAAAUAUCCCCACUUAAUAAGGAAAAUCUUUUCUCAGGGAACAAAAAAGCCCUCUGAAAAUUUGUAUUUCUGCUCCUUGAAAGAUAGACGUUUCAUUUACUGCUUUCAUGUUUUGGGUGCGAAAUACCAUUGCAGCUGUCUCCUGCAGCCCAACAUAACUGGCCUUUUAACAGUUCCCCGUACACCAGUUGUGUCCCCAUCUUCCCGUGUGUUUCCACUUGCACGCUUUAUACACGUAUUCACUCUGGUGAAAUCAGUUGAAACGAGUGAGCAUUGACUGGUCUCAACACUUUGCAGUGACUUUUAGGAUAAUUAGAAACGGGCUGCACGAAAGACUUUCUUUCAGGGUAGAGGUGAUUCCCAAGCUGUGUGGUCUUCCAAAAAAGCCAAAUUCAUCCUGAGCUUUUAGGACGAACUUGUCACUUGUAGGAAUGCUGGAAGUCCAGGGCCUCGGGGAAUGAGCCUGCACACGUUCUGCUGUGUCCAGCUCUAGGCCACUGUUGUAAAAGCCAGUCAUUUCUUCAUUCGUUCUGCAAACACCCAGCGAGGACCACUGCAAGUCAGAAACGGCACUAAGCAGUGGGGCACUUGCCACAUGGACUCUGUCCCCUCCCGGAGGGGCUUUUAGUUUCAGAAGAUAAAGACAUAAAAAUAAAUAGGAAUUAUAAAGUAAUACAUUCUGUGCUGUGAAGGAGAUGGAUACAUUGUGUUAAAAUAAGAACAAGAAGUGUCUACAUCGGAGUGAGAUCAAGGAAGCCUUUCUGGAGUAAGUAACCCUUGAGCUGUGUAGCCAUGAGGGGAAUUGAUAGAACAGUGAUCAAGUUGCUGGGAAUUUCCAGUGUUUUGGUCCAAGUUUAUUUGGAAUAUGUAACAUCUCGAGAGUUUGUCAGAAGUCAGAGAUUGUCAUCAAAUACUGAACUUCCCUUCCUUCCUUACUUAAUCGAGAUUCAUGGGAGUUACAGAAGAAUUAAAAUUUUUGAAAAGCUGGAGAGAAUGAUCACUCCAAGUUUACUAAUGUAAAAACAUACCUUUACAAAUUGGCUUAUUAAUAUUUACUUUAACAAAUGAAAAAAUCCCAUUAUCUUAAAAUUACAUAGAUUGAAAAGAUUUUUAUGAUAUCUCAACAUACUCCUUUUGACUAUAUAACAUCAAAGAGCUAGUUUAAAAGAACAAACUAUCUUUAAAACAACACCUUUUUAAACACAGAGAGAUACACACAGAUACCCACAUACAGACAUACUCACAAAAACUUAAGGUUUUGGAUAUUGGUGUAAUCUCUUCCUUGUAUACUUGCUAACCUGAGAUUAAAAUGUGUUUUUUA